ACCCUGGGAAUGAAGACAAUCAACGUUUGCAAAGAUGGCGAAUCCGGGUUGUUCCGCGUUUUCUAAUGACGGUCAAUAUUUAGCAAAUUGCGGUAUUGAUGGUAAAUUAAAAAUUUGGGAGACUGCAACAAAUCGUCUUAAAAUAGAUUAUGUCCCUAAUUAUCAUUUAAAAUCACCAUGCAGUGUAAUAAAAUGGAUAACUGUGAGCCUACAAUCGUCCAAUACAACGCAGUCACCAUGGAGAAAGCGAAAGAGGAAAUCAAUGGAAGACGAGAUAAAUCAAAAGGAAGUUAUUGCAAUGGGAUCGACAAGUGGCCAUAUAACAAUAUUUGACAUAGCAUCAUCAACAGUCAGUAAUCAAUUACAAAAUGGACAUACAACGUCAAUUUCAGCAAUUGCUUGGGAAGCGUCAACGGGUCUUUUUACAGCAGCUGAGGAUCAUCAAAUUAUUCAUUGGAAUAUUCAAGAAAAUGGUAUCAAAUGUAAAUGGAAAUCAGGUAAAGGAAAAGUAACAGCAAUUGCAGUUGUUCCCGAUGGAAAUUCUCUUCUCACCGCAGAGAGAUUAAUCACAUGGUGGGAUCUUAAAACAAAAAAUAUAAUAGGAACAUUCACUGGUCAUGUUAAUCAAAUUAAUUCCUUGAAUAUCGUCAAAAUAGACGACGAUACUAAUUAUCUUAUUAGUGGUGCUACUGGAGACUCCUAUCUCAGUGUUUGGUCUCUCAAUGAAGCGAAAAAGGGAAAAACAUCGGCAGCAACAUUUACGAUGCAGGACGAAGCAAUGUCAAUUUCAGUGAGAGUAAUGGAUGAUUCUCAAGUGAUGGUCCUCGCGGUAACAAGAAGCGGUCAAGCUCAUCUUUAUAAAUAUCAACCAAAUGGAACAACACCGAAACCCAUUAAACCCUCGUUAAAUAUUUUCGUUACAUCUGACUCGAGUCAAAAAGAACAAAAUAUGCAACAAAUUCCCAUUUUAAAAGGACAAUUAACAGAAGAUACAAAAUGUCUUUUGGCGUAUGGUUCAUUUUUAAAUAUCAAUUUUGAAAAAGUAGUGCCCGAUUUUUCAGAAAAAGUCAUGUAUUUAGAGAGGAUUGACUACAAAAAACAAAGAGAAAAGAAAGAUGAGGCCGUUUCAAAAGUUAAAGCUACGGAUACUGAAGGCGAAGUGCAAUAUCUUGUGCCAGGAGCAACAGGUAGUGCGCAAAAAAGAUCGGGACGUUCUGGAGCGGGCUCACAGAUACCAUUGAAAAAUCGAUUGGAAAAUCUCAGUUUGAAUACUGAGGCGAGUACGCCCGGAAAAACACCAACUAAAGGUGACAAUAUGGUUCAGCUACUUAUGCAAGGUUUACAAAGUAAAGAGAGAGAUAUUUUAAAUAAUGUUCUCUUCACUAAGAAAGAAAGUGUAAUUAAAAAUACUGUUGCCAAAUUGCCAGUUCAGGCAAUUAUUCCCUUACUCAAGGAAUUAACAGUCAUGUUACAAGGAAAAACAUACUCGAGUAAAAUUGCGGUUACGUGGUUGAAAGCUUUAAUAGCAACUCACGCCGCACAACUUUUAUCGCAUCCAGAUGUUGGAGAAGAAUUAAGUCCUAUUUUAGGUAUUGUAGAUGCUAAAUUAACACUUUUAACCGAAUUGUCGAGGUUAAGAGGACGUGUUUCUCUAAUAACGGGACAAAUUGCGAACAUCAAUGAAAAAGAAGAGAGGGACCCUACAGAAGAAAGUCUUCUCGUCUAUCAAGAUCGAGAUUCGUCAGACGAAAGUACAGACAUGAACGAAGUUGAAUUAGAGAGUGUUUCAGAUGAAAAUUGGGAGGAAAUAUCGGAUCAAGAACAACAAGACGAAAUUGAAAAUUGUAAAUCAGAUGACGACGCUUCAAUUUGUAGUUAAAAUAUAUAUAUAAAAAAAAAGAAAAAUAUCAAUUUAAAAAGUAAGAUUUUUUCAGCUACUUGUAAAUAAUAAUACAAGUCAAGAAAAGCUUGAAUUUCAUAAAACACUCGAUUUUAUUAAAACUCAAACAAUACGUGUCUUCCAGUAAUUUUUCUGGUAACUUAAAACUGAAAAUAAUCUUAAUAAUUCAAAAAUCUUUUUUGAAUAACUAUAUUAUUUUUUUUAAUUCCAUCUGUGAAAUAUAAAAUAAAAAUUCGUGCCUACAUUGAUCUUUCUGUAAAAAAAAAUACCUCUCUGUACAUUGAAUGGUCUCAAAGUCGAUUUUUAAGAUUGUAAACUUUUCUUACUUGAAUACAUUACGUUUAAAACAGAAAA